AUGAUGUUUGCGGCUAUAACGAUAGUAUUUCUGUUCGUUGCUUCCUGGACGCCAUACGCCGUGAUGGCGCUGACCGGAGCUUUCGGCAACAGGGCCCUGCUCACGCCUGGCGUCACCAUGAUACCGGCCUGCACCUGCAAGACCGUUGCCUGCCUCGAUCCUUACGUCUAUGCGAUCAGCCACCCGAGAUACAGGUUGGAGCUGCAAAAGAGGAUGCCGUGGUUGGAGAUUCAAGAGAAAACGCCUCAGCCGGAUUCGGCUAGCACCACGACCGAGGCCGUGAGCACGACCGCUGCGGCUUAAAUUAAACAUGCAUAUGGGUUUUCGUUUUUUUUUUUAUUUCUUCUUCUUCUUGUUCCGAGUAAACUGUGGGAAAAUAAAACCUGAGUUUGAUCAUAUACUUAUACGAACGAAGUUUAAGGUUAACCAGCCAUUUGACAACUUACUUCGUUGUCUCUCUAUCGAUCGGUAUUUCAUGUUUUCAGGUAAAUCUCGGAUGGUUCAUUCUCCUGUCAAAAGGUCUUUAAUACAUUUACAAUUGAAUGUAAAAUAUACAAUGACUCCUCGUCUCUCUCCAUUCGAUGUCAAUAAAUUACAUUGAUGCUAAAGAAAAGAAAUAUGUACAUUAAAAAUGUAAUAUAUAAUGCUUAUCAAAAUAUAUAUUACAAAUACACACAUAUUAUACUUUCUGCGCUAAUUACUAAUUUACACAAGGAAAUAAUGUAUACAUUUACUUUCAUAUUGUAUAAUAUAUACAUAUAUUUGAUAUGUAUACAUAUAUUAUAUCAAGUAGCUACACCUUUGUGUUAAAAACACUCGAUUUUAGCAGUUGUGUGAUUUAAAAAAAAUAAUGCAUGUGGUUGUAUAUUAACUGAAAAAUGUAUUUUUUCAAAAUACUAUUUCGUUAACCAUCAAUGACGUUCUAUUUAAAUAUCACCAAGAGCUUCACAUAUCGUAAUAUUGUUACUUUAAACUAUAAUAAUAAAUUAUUAAGAGCAACAUACAUAUAAUAAUAUCAUUGCGACGAAUAAUUUGUCUAGUCUUAGCUUUAUUUAUGUACAAAUACUUUGAAAAUAAAGAUCUGUAUCUUCUAUCAUCUA